CCAAGGGUCUCUUUAAAUAUUAAUCUCUUGUGUAGCUAUGAAAGUUAGAAUGACUGCAUGCAGAAAUUACUAUAUAAAUCAAUCUGGAUCCCUGAUGUAGGCCUCUUUGCUAUCAGUGGUCCUAAAACUGUCACACUUUAAUACUUAUGGUGAAGAUCUAAACAGUCUUCCCAAUAUAAUUCAUUAAAUGUUGGAGUGAGGAUAUUGUGCUGCAGCCUGGAUGUGACCCAGAAGAAGACCGCAUGUAGGACACCCUGAGCUGCAGCAGCGGCAGCCAUUGCUCCCUGUAACAGACUCUCGUAUACAUCGGCUGACCUUGAGGAAACUUUUCUACAAGUUAAGCUAAUGACAAAACCUCCGAGUACGAAUUCAUCAAUUUGUGCUUGAGCAGCUUCUUUAAUUGGUUUUGAAGCACAUUCCCUCAGUUAGCCCCCUAGAGGAAUGCGAUCAAGAAUUACCGCAGACAGCUAAAAACGGAACAUCCUUAUGACUCAUCUGUAGUCGUUUUUUUUUUUAACACUGUCCGCAAAAUUUCCCCGAAAGUAGCCUAAAAUGUUUUGAUUAUGAGCUGCGUGGGAUACAAGCAGGAUUUGUUGACGGAUCGAGUGAGCUUGUUUGGAUUAAAAAAAUGGAUGGCUGGGGGUGUGUGUCGCAGCAAAGCCCGCUUAGAUGGAAAGACCGUCCUGAUCACCGGAGCCAACACUGGAAUCGGCAAAGAGACCGCCGUUGACCUGGCCAGAAGAGGUGCGAAGGUAAUCCUGGCCUGCAGAGACAUGGGCAGAGCUAACAAUGCUGCAGAGGAAGUUAAAAAGAAGAGUGGAAAUAACAAUGUUGUUGUCAAAAAGUUGGACUUGGCUUCCCUGCAGUCGGUGCGUCUGUUUGCAAAAGACAUUUCAGCAAGUGAAAAGCGUCUGGAUGUUCUCAUCAAUAAUGCAGGGGUUAUGUGCUGCCCACAGUGGAAAACUGAAGAUGGGUUUGAUAUGCAGUUUGGUGUGAAUCAUCUUGGCCAUUUCCUUCUAACAAACUGCCUCUUGGAUCUCCUAAAGCAGUCAGCACCAAGCCGCAUUGUCAAUGUUUCCAGUUUAGCACAUGAAAGAGGUCAAAUCAACUUUGAUGAUAUAAAUCAAGAGAAAAACUAUAAUCCUUGGAGAAGCUACUCUCAAAGUAAACUCGCCAAUGUCCUCUUUACAAGGGAGCUGAGUAAAAGGUUACAAGGUACUGGAGUAACAACGUACAGCCUCCACCCUGGAGUUAUUCGAACUGAGCUUGGCCGACACUUCUGGCCCACCAUACCCCUGUGGAAGAAAGUGUUAUACAAACCAUUCAGCGUCUUCAUUAAGAAUCCCACAGAGGGCGCACAAACCACUAUCUACUGUGCAGUGGAGAAAAGCCUGGAAAAUGAGAGUGGAUUGUACUACAGCGACUGUGCCCGUAAAGCUACCGCCCCUCAGGGACGUGAUGAUGAAGUUGCCAAGAAGCUGUGGGAUCUGAGCGCCUCCAUGGUGGGUCUGACACAGUCAGAGUGACGCACAUGAUGGUGGCGAUGGCUGUCGUCGUUUUCACGGCACCAAACUCAUCGCAAAGCCACCCCAAUAAUGAAUCGGCAGUCUUUCUGGGGAGCAACAGCGUGACUUUUAACAAAUAAGUUAGCAAGCAAAACACAGGAAUUCACGUUUGAUAGACAUUUAUUUAGAAUGUACAACAAACUACUUGCAAAAAUACUAUCUAUUCAGCUAUGUUGUAUUUUCUCUGUUUAAAAAGUAGCACUGCUUCACAGAUAAGUUACAUGGAAGCUGCACGAUCCUUAAAUUGUCAUUAAAUGACAUUUCACCAGUGUCUGCGUGGACUGGGAAUUUAUAUAUUAUUCGCUUUUACAUAAAAAAAACAUUUAAGACAUGACCUUUCAUUAGACUUUCUUUUUUUAACACUGCUAAGGUUGACAUUUUUUAUGAGCAUUAAAAUGUUGUCAAACAUCAUAGCCUAUUGUCUUGCCUUUAAGGCAUAAUGUUUAUUAAUAUCAUGUUCACUCAUUCUUUGUCUUUGUUUUGCUUUAUGUCAAAUGAAUAAUGUAGACAUUGCUAAAGGGUAGUUCAAUAUUUUUGAAGUGAGAUUCUGCUGAGCAGUAAAUAUCUUUACUACAUCUUUAUAAAGUCAAAAUUCGUCCAAAGUCAACUAAGCCGUGAUCCAUAAUGUCACAAACAACACAAACGUUAGCCGUAAGUGUUUCACACAGGAAGAUAAUUUGCGGCACACAACCUCCAGCUUUGAUUUAUUAUUGUCAUUAUUUUUUUGUAAAUUAACUUUAGCAUGUUUGUAAAUAACUGCCCGGUGCAAACUUAAUGACAGCUUAAAAGUUGAUCAAAUAUAACUGGCAUAAAAUUGCUAUGACAUUUUAUCAAUUUGAGUUCUUUUAUUACACGUGCUUUGAUCUUGGCUUCUCUUAAAAUUACCAUUUAACUUCACCCUCAGGAAUCUAAUAAUCUCUAUUUGUACUUAAUAAAGACAGAGAAUUAUCAUCUUUGAGUAAGAAAAUAAUUACUAUCCCAUUAACAGAAUAUCACUUCAAAAAUUCAAUAGGACUAUCCUUAUAAAUUCAUGAACAUAAAUGAAUUGCCUUCAUAUAAUAAAUAUAUCUGUUCAUUUGUCA